GAGAGACAGAAGUUAACUAAUGGAUGUGGAGAACUGGGACGACUGAGGAAGUCGGAUGACACGGGACUGAACGAUGGCAUUCCCCCAUUGAUGAACCUCCCACCAGAUUCCACAGCUUACACACGAAUUAAAUUCAAAAAUUAAUGGAGUUCGAUUUAGAAAAUCCAAUGACGCACUUCGAGGAACACCAACCAGACACCAUUCCUGCUCUGUUCGCCACCGAAUCAGAUCACAUGCCCUUUGGAGCCCAUGACUUCUUUCUCUCGCACCGUCCACAAGCAAUCUCUCUCAUUCUACAGGUUCAAUUCUCUUGCAACUUGGACCCCUGCAUCUCCUAUCUUGCUCUGACCUACGUGGAUCGAUUCAUCUCCAAGCAAGAAAUCUUACUGGAAGAUAAGCCAUGGAUUCUGAAACUGCUGGUGAUCUCUAGCCUCUCUCUGGCUGCAAAAAUGAAGAACACUAAUCUCUCCCUCUCCGAUUUUCAGAGAGAGGAAGGUCUCAUCUUUGAUACCCAAACGAUUCAGCGCACAGAGCUUCUCAUUCUCAGCACUCUGAACUGGAGAAUGCGCUCCAUAACGCCUUUCUCCUUCCUCAGUUUCUUCAUUUCGUUAUUCAAACUCAAAGACCCUCCAUUGAUGCAAGCCCUCAAAGCUCGAGCUACUCAGAUCAUCUUCAGAGCUCAUCACGAAAUGAAGCUUUUAGAGUUCAAGCCAUCCAUAAUUGCAGCAUCUGCUCUUCUCUCUGCGGCCUACGAGCUAUUCCCAUUGCAGUUCCCCUGUUUUCAAAACAGUCUAGCUGCUUGCGAAUUUGUAAAUAAAGAGAGGCUUUUGGGUUGUUUGGGCGCCAUGCAGGGGAUGGCGGAGAUGGACGGCUGCGAUGAAUCCACGUUGGACACGGUGUCAAACGCGAAGACCCCGGUCAGCGUAUUGGACGGCCAGUACUGCGGGAAAUCGGAGAGCGAGAGCACGGUGAUGCAGGGGAGGGAAAUCAAACGGCGGAGGGUUGGUCAUCUUUUGCAGCGAUGAUGCGUAUCAGAUUUCGCAGAUUCGGCAGUGGCGACGGAGGUACUAAAACAGUAAAACGACGUCGCAUCGGCUGCAUGGACCGGUCAAUCUUUCUCCUACGAUUAUCUAAAGAAAUGAGGGAUCAAGCGGCUCUGAUUUGAUAGAGAAGAAAUGGACGGCUCACAGUAAUCACUGCUCCCCAAUUUCCUAGAAAACUCUUCCUCACCUUUCCUCCCUUCAAAACGACAGAGAAAAAAAAAUUUAAAUUAAAGUGAAAUAUUUUCUUUUUUAGUUUUUCUUAUUUUAAUAUAUUGAUUCUGCGGAUUGUGAGGGAGCAUUUGGGACAAAACGAAGCUUUCGCAUUG